CAUUCAUUUCUCAUUGCUUCAGAGUCUGAGUCGUCGUCCCCUCCUUUAUACUAGUGCGUACACGUUAUUCUCCGCAGCUUAGCAACAACGCGUUGUCCAGAAACCCUCUCUCAUCUCCGAUCGGAUUUCAUGACGAUUGGUUCUGCCGGAUCUAGUAUCGUUGUGCCACGAAAUUUCAGGUUGCUGGAGGAACUUGAACGUGGAGAGAAGGGCAUCGGAGAUGGUACUGUCAGUUAUGGAAUGGAUGAUGGAGAUGACAUUUAUAUGCGCUCCUGGACGGGUACUAUAAUUGGCCCACAUAAUACUGUUCAUGAAGGGCGCAUAUAUCAACUAAAACUGUUCUGUGACAAAGAUUAUCCAGAGAAGCCACCAAGUGUACGAUUUCAUACACGCAUCAAGAUGACUUGUGUCAAUCAUGAAACUGGAGUGGUUGAUUCAAAGAAGUUUGGAAUGCUGGCAAAUUGGCAGCGGGAUUUCACCAUGGAAAACAUAUUGAUGCAGCUGAAGAAGGAAAUGACAGCCUCACACAACCGGAAACUUGUCCAACCACCCGAAGGUACAUAUUUCUAAUGGGAGGCAACUUUGAAGAUUGUCACUGAUCUGUUGAAACGAUGGAUUGGCAUAGGCUGAAUCUCUUUUAUACAUGUACGAUAUUUCCAUUAUUGACAACUUAAGAUAUUUCCAUUAUGGACAACUGGAGGAAAGAAAGGAAAAGUGGUCCUCAAGCUCUUUAGUGUCACUCUCCUCUAUUGUUUUUCUUUUCGAUGAUUCUUGUUUAAACAUUUCUUAUUGAGAAUUUUAUCCAUGUAUUGAGUGAAAUGCAAUUAAAAUCA